AUGUGCUUAAAAUCAAACGACUGUCCGAAACACUUCUGCGAGCACGAAUGUCUUUAUAAUGCAGCGUUAAACGGCAACACGCAACGGCUAGUGGAGCUCAUCCUCAACGGAGCCGACGUCUCGCAGACAUCGAUGCCUGGCCGACACCAGUUGAUCCACUUCACCGGGCGGCCAGGAAGCGCAGAAGCCAUGAAAGCCCUGCUCGACGCCGGAGCCGACGCUUCUGCAGUCUCCUACGACGGCCAAACGCCUCUGCAUAUGGCGGCCGCCGACGGCGGAAUCGAGCAAGUGCAAAUGCUCAUCGGGGCCGGAACCAACGUCAACGCCCGCACCAUGGACGACGAGACCCCGCUGCACCAAGCGGCCAGGGCGGGAGAGGAGGAGAUCGCCAAGCUGCUCAUCGCUGCUGGCGCGGACGUCACUGCCAGAGACUGCUACGGACAGUCGCCCCUGCAUCAUUCUGCUAGUCGCGGCCACCUCGGCGUGGUCCAGGUGCUUCUCGACGCCGGCGCCGACAUGAGCGCCCUCGACAACAAAGGAGACACGGCCGCCCUGCACUCCCUCUCCGACGCGCCGGCCUCGGUCAAGCUCAUGAUAGAAAAGGGCGCCGACGUUUCCGUCCGAGGCCAGGGCGGCGACACCCUGCUGCAUCGAGCGGCCUCGUUCUCGGCGGAGCUGAUAGGACUCUUGCUCGGGGCCGGCGCGGACCUCGAGGCGACGGAUGACGAAGGAAAGACUCCCCUACACGCCGCAGCUGCGUGGGGGGACGCCGAACAUGUCCGGAUCCUGCUUGCGGCCGGGGCUGACAUGGGUGCGAGGACCAACGACGGCGAGACGGCGCUGCACUUGACGGCGGGGAGCCCGGAUGCCCUGUUCCUGGGGUUUGGACAUGAGUCUGAUGCCAAGGCUAGGGUUCUCCUCGACGCUGGUGUCGAUGUGAAUGCGAGGACGGUGUCAGAUGCAGACGCCAUGAACAGCUCACGAGCGGGGAGACCAUCAAAGUCUCCUCUGUUCCUAGUCAUCGCCGCAAUCCUCAUCUUCGCAGUAGCCGUCGAGGCCUCGUACGGCGAUCGGUUACCAGAGUUCCGAGAAUGCGUCCAAGUCUGCCACGAUGAGAACUGCGCUCCCGGCAAAGAUGCUACGCCAAUCCCCUUCCACCGCCGCCUCCUCCUCUGGACCUGCGCCUCCGAAUGCGACUACGCCUGCCAACACAUAAUCACAAAAGAGCGCCUUGCCGCCGGCGAGCGCGUGGUCCAGUUCCACGGAAAAUGGCCCUUCCCACGCAUGCUGGGCAUCCAGGAACCCGCCAGCACCCUCUUCAGCUUGGGCAACCUCUGGGCCCACCAGAACGGCUGGCGCAAGCUCCGCGCCGUCAUCCCGGCGUCGUACCCGCUGCGGCCCUGGUACGAGUGGCUCGCGGGUGUGGGCAUCGCCUCGUGGACGUUCAGCGCAAUCUUCCACACGCGCGACUUUGUCGCCACGGAGCAGCUCGACUACUUUGCUGCGGGCGCGAGCGUGCUGUACGGGCUGUACUACACCGUGGUGCGCAUCAUGCGCCUCGACCGGCCGACGCCGCGCCGGAGGUCGGUCCUGCGCGCGUGGACGCUGCUGUGCGUGCUGCUUUACGCCGGGCACAUUGCCUACCUCAAGGGCGUGCGGUGGGAUUACACGUACAACAUGACGGCCAACGUUAUUAUCGGCGUGAUUCAGAACCUCAUGUGGUUGUGGUUCAGUUUGAACAAGUAUAGGCAGUCACGGAGGACAUGGGCCAUCUGGCCGAGUAUCGUCGUCGCGGUGGUCGUCAUGGUCAUGAGUCUGGAGCUGUUUGACUUCCCACCCGUGUGGGGUGCAUUGGAUGCGCACAGUUUAUGGCACCUUGGCACGAUCCCGCCAACGGUACUCAUCUUCCUGAUCAAGGAUGCGCAGGACGAUAUGGCGGGUAGUGAGAGGUUAAAGUCUUGA